AAAUGUAAAGAAGUGCUUUGGGUGCGGAAGUAGUCAGUGCCUUAUCCGUUUAUUAGGUUUGUGAAUUGUGCGAGCUGAGUGAGUAACUGCCAUGGAGGUUGUUAUGCAGAUGAUGCAGCCUCUCUGUUCCACCGUUAUAACCGCCAAAACUCAACACCAAUCACCACCUCACCUUCUUCCACAUAAAACCCCUUCUUUAACCCGUUUUCCCUCUUUAACUUCCUCCUCCAAUCUCCACCAUCAUUCUCGUAAUUCCAAACCCGGGUUGUAUGCGGCGCAGGAGAAUCAAUUGAGCGUGGGGAAUGAGGAGGAUACCGAUUCAACUGAAUGGGCUCUCCAAGAUUUUUAUUCCCUGAGGAAGGAUGUUGAGCUUGCAUCACAGCGUGUUGAAGAGAUUAGAGGAUCUUCUGGUCUGCAGCUAUUGGAGCAAGAGCUUGCAGAUUUGGAGGCAAAAGCAGCUGAUAGCUCCUUUUGGGACAAUCGAGCCAAAGCUCAGCAGACUCUUUCUACUUUGGCUGAUGUCAAGGAUAAGAUAAACUUGCUCAAUGAGUUUAAAACCCAGGUUGAAGACGCAGAAACGAUAGUUAAGCUGACAGAGGAAAUGGAAUCCAUUGAUAGAGGGCUUCUUGAGGAGGCUGCGACUCUUAUUAAAGAAUUGAAUAAAUCGCUAGAUCGAUUUGAGCUGACUCAACUUCUUUCUGGUCCUUAUGAUAAAGAAGGUGCUGUUAUCUCCAUUACAGCUGGUGCUGGAGGAACUGAUGCACAGGACUGGGCAGACAUGCUUCUUAGGAUGUACGUAAGAUGGGGAGAGAAACAGAGAUACAAGACCAGAGUGGUUGAGAAAUCUCCUGGAGAAGAAGCUGGGAUAAAAUCUGCAACCAUCGAAGUUGAAGGUCGUUAUGCUUAUGGGUAUUUAUCUGGGGAAAAAGGAACGCACCGCAUUGUUCGGCAAUCACCUUUCAAUGCUAAAGGUCUUCGUCAGACAAGCUUUUCUGGUGUGGAAGUCAUGCCCCUUCUCCCAGAAGAAUCAAUGAAUGUAGAAAUUCCCGAGGAGGACCUGGAAAUCAGUUUUUCAAGGGCAGGUGGAAAAGGUGGCCAAAAUGUGAACAAGGUUGAAACUGCAGUUCGAAUUACACACAUUCCAACUGGAGUAACUGUUCGCUGCACAGAGGAAAGAUCCCAACUGGCAAAUAAGGUAAAGGCUUUAAGCCGUUUGAAAGCAAAGUUGUUGGUGAUAGCCGAAGAGCAACGCGCAUCUGAAAUUAAGCAGAUUCGGGGAGAUGCAGUAAAAGCUGAAUGGGGACAGCAAAUACGAAACUAUGUAUUCCAUCCAUAUAAACUCGUAAAAGAUGUAAGAACAGCGUAUGAAACCUCUGAUAUCACCUCUGUUAUGGAUGGAGAAUUCGACCCCUUCAUCAAAUCUUACCUGAAAUACAAGUACAAUGAGGCACUGUCUGGAAGCGGAGUCAACUAAUCAAAUGCAUAUCAUAGUUAGUUAUAGUUCUUUUUGUCACAAUCACACUCUGGAGUGUAAUGUUUGGUGAUUGUAUUCGCGGGCCUUUGUACCAGUGCCAAAUUAAUUUAACUGCGAAUUUAUAUUGCAGCAGUUCUUAAAUGUCCGAAAAUGAGUUGAAUACAUAUUGUAUCAUUGUAUUACACCUGCGAAACUCAAAUCUGAUGCCUUUGUCAAUGGCUUUUUGCGGUUGAUGUAUUUUUUUUAAAUAUAUAUUUAUAGAGUUUUCAACGCUUAGAA